AUGGCUCAAUGCAAAACAGCAACUAAAUGGAAUUUGAAACAUCAGCAAUUAAUUGACGCUGAUAUGAAAAUUCUUGCAAAUGAGUUAAAAACAAAUACAAAUUGCAAAGAACUCAUUCUUCAGCGUAAUGAAAUCACUUCAAAAGGUGCUCAAUACUUAGCUGAAAUGUUAAAAGUAAAUUGUACGUUGCAAUUAAUUUGGCUUGGCUGGAAUGAAAUUGGGGAUAAAGGAGUACGAUCAUUAUGUGAAGGACUGCAAAACAACAGAAAAAAUGCUCUCCAGGAAUUAGGUCUUGGUUUUGUAUCUGCCACUACUAAAAUAGAAAAAAUUACUGAUAAUGGUAAUGAACAGCUUGAAGGUAUUAUUUUUGAUAACAAGAGGUUGAUGUAUGUUACUGAUCAUCAUACAAAUGAAUUACGGACAUAUCUAACAAGUUCUCUUAUUACUACAAAUGUUGCUGAACAACGUGGUACUAAUCCAUAUGCACUUAAUUGUCUUGAUUAUUCAUUUAGUUUUGAUGUUGAAGAUAAUUUCAGUCUUUAUAUAGCUGAUGAAAAUAAUGAGAGUUAUGAAAUGACCUCGAAAUUCAACAACUGA